AUGGUGGACCGGCCAUCCCUGAUCCAGCAGGUCUCAUCCAUCACCGGAUGUAAUGACUAUCAAGCCGAGACCGUCCUCGAACGGUCUAAUUGGGACGUAGAGAGGGCCAUGAACGCCUUUUUUGAUGAUCCACCGCCAGAGAGACCGCCAUUCAAUUCGAACACGAACUCGCAAGGCUCUUCGACCGCUGUUGUGCCAUUUCAAGCUUCCUCCGACCCUACGUCCGGCUGGGAUGUUCCCAACAACCCUGCCUUUGCACCUCCUCCCGGGCAACCUCCAGCAUCUAAUAGCGGUUGGAGCACAGACAACAAAGACGUGAUAGACUUUACCAACGAUGCCGACACCGACGAAGAUCUCAGACGAGCCAUGGCUGCUUCCCUACAAGACCAGCAGUCACAACAGACAUAUAGACCACCAGCACCGUCAAGUACAGUUGGCGACAUUGGAAUGUCCGAAGACGAACAGUUGCGCCAAGCACUUGAGGCGAGCGUGCAGAGUCAUCACGAUCUCCUGCAAUCCGCCGGCUCGGGUGCACGAACCCCAACAUUGCCGCAACACCUCGACACCGAUCUGCAAAGCCGUCGCGCCCAUGGAGCCCCCGUUGCUAUGGCGGCGCCGUUCACCUCUCUAGAAGUUGUUGCUGCUUUGCUGCAAGCGCUCUUUGCGGCACCACCAGUACGCAUCGCCUACCUCGCCUCCCGACCUGUCGACACGCGUGGCUCCGACUUCUCCAAUUACUGGAGAGGCGUUCCACCAACGGACCCAGGCGCAGAUUCGGCUGCGGAGCCCACACUCGACACACACACUGAACUGGUACGGCGAGUUCAGACUCUAUUUGCCUUUGCAACGCUAUCCCAGAGACCGCUUUGCGUGGUCAAGGACGUGACAUCACUCAGUCCCAGCGAGGUCAUCGCGCGAGGCGCAGACCGGUCGCCGGCCGACAAGGUUGCCGCUUUGUUCUACGAGUUUGUCGUGGACAGCUUCGCCAAGCAUGUCGCAGCUGUCAGCGAGACCAUCUUGAAGACAGCGGGAGCCGAGCCUGCAGAAACCGACGCUUUGUGGAUGAACGACGCUCUCUUCCUCUCGAGUGGAGCAGCGGCACUCACCAACGCGGCCUCGCCUCGCAUCAACGGCACGCAAGAUGAUCCCCAAGUGCACGCCACAGCACCGCCAAAAGUUGAACAGCAACGCAGCUUCAUUCAGCUGCGUCAUGACUCGAUCAACUCGGAUACCUACUCAUGCUUACGGGCUGCAUUAGCUUCUGAUGGCGAGGGCGCGUUGCUCACGCGAACAGCGAGCGUCAUCAGUAUGGGCGUCGAUCAUGCCUUCCCCACAGCCGAGGGUGGCCCACCUCCAUUCACCAUCAACGAUCGCAUCUAUCUCGACUCGUUGAUGUGGGAUCGUAGACAAGGUGUGCGCCUCGACGCCGAGUUGCGCGAUGAAGAGAUGCGGCGCCUCGAUACUAUGCGUCAAGACCUCGAAGCUCGCAAGCGCAAAUUGGCCGGUGACGGAGGUCGACCCAUGAGGGAGGUGCUUUUGGGCGCCACACGCUACUUUGAGCAGGUGGCAACUCCAGCAGAUAGCACCGAUGCGAUACGAGCAGCGUCUCUUGCCGAAGCUGGCCCACAGAUCAGCAAGAUCUCGCAAGCGGUGCAGGCCGACCUGACCGCCACUGACCAGCUUAUCGCCAAAAUUCGAGUGCAGAUCGAUGCCAAGCGCGCCCUUGUUGCAGAGAGGGCCAAACGCGAAGCUUCCAAUCCGGAAUGGAGGCAGCUUGCGUACGAUCUUUGUGCGGUGCUGUACACUGAAGGCGGCAGCUGCGUAUCAUUGGUCAAGCAGCAGCCGAGCGGGACGUGGUGGAAGAUCAGCGCUGGUCGAGCCGUGCAAGUGCAACGAGAGGAUGUCGUCAUGGGUCGAGCGCAGGAUCCCUCGCUUGGCGUCUUCUGGCUCGUAUACGCUCGUGCUGAGCAAGAGGGUACGGACGCGCAAGAAAAGCAAGAUGUAGCGGAGGGGUUGAUCAGCGAGACGAUCAAGGCAGCUGUGGCGGACGACAAUUUGACGUACGAGUCCGAGCUGCUCUCGUUGAUCCGAUCAGACGCUGCUACGCCGUCGUCCAUUGCUACGGAUGCCAACGACGGUGAAGAGGACGGACGAUGUCUGGUGCAAGCACCGGAUGGUGAAGCGGACAUGGUGACCGCGAGCGGACGGGUCAGUCCACACGCAGUGUCAACGUAG